AUGAGUAGAUCUGUGAGACAAUCCGAAGAUGAUGAAUUUGAACCGGUCACUAAUGUAUAUAAAAAUUCUGAAAAUGUUAUAAAUCUGAACUGUGACGAUUUUACAAGAUAUGCUAUCAACUGUACAGAAGAAGCGGCGCUGUUACGUAAUUCAAGUAGAAUGUCUCCACCAUUACCAACCAAGAUCAACGAUUGGUGCAAAGCAAUAAGACAUCUUACCAACUGUGCCUUGAAUUGGAACAACGACUGCAAAUAUGUUUCUGACAGUCAUUUUAACGAAGAAAGCGUCAGAGGUCACAUACACGUCGUCAACAAUAUAUGCGAUGAUGAGUGGUUCUUGAUAAGGUAUGAAGAUGUAGCGCUUUGCGUUGAAAGCUCCACAGAUGCUUGGGAAGAAUGUUAUAUUAAUUUUAAAAAUCUAGUUGAGGAACAGAAGAAUACUACCAAAGAAUGGACGCAUUACGAAAUACAUUUUCAAUUGUGUUGUGCCAGAGCGCGAUUCCGGCGCUGCACUCUCGAAGCGCUGUUUGUAAAACCAACUCAGUGUACGCAAGAACAAGCAGCGACGCUUCAGAAGUUCUCUGUUAUUGUUUCUGAAGGCGGAGUGUAUCAGGAUUGCGACCGUAACAUGAUGUACGCAAACUGCCCUGGCGGAGACCCGAGACCCGGUAGCUCUAUAUUGAAACGGCUGAUGAGUGCGGAAGCCCGCAGUAGGGGGCUUAACAAUACUGCAUAUGUUGCAUUUUAUUCAUAUUAUAUUUGUUUAUAA